AUGGACCGUAUAUCAUCGGCUGCGACUGUGCCAAUUUCGGGUGGAGAGUUCAGAGCAGGUCUCUUACUGCCCCUUGAGGAGGAAAUAUUUCGUAGAGGGGUGGAAUCGUUCCUUGCUAUCUUCGGAAUUAGACUCAUGCACCCUGGACACUGCCAUUUUAAGAAAAAAUCAGAGUCUCUUGAGAUUUCCGGGAUUGAUAAACAAAGAAAGUGGUACGAUUUAUUGCAUCUAAUGCAGUUGAUAAACUGCCCAUGA